UUUAAUACAAACCUUCAAAACGCAUCUCUAUGUCUCAGUGAGCGGAGAAAUAAUGGUAAGCAAUAAACUUGACAUCUCUGGCUACAUAGCACCCUGUUUGGGCCUAAAUACGCAUUUUCCGUGCUUACCAAAUGUGUGUGCCUAAAGUAGUAGCUCCGGGAACUUGGCCCCUGCAGCUAAUUGCUGGCGAUUACUGUCGUUGUAAUUAACCCGAUUUGUCACUGCUCGACACGAACGAGUCUUUUCGUAAUGGUUCAAAGAAAUAAUGGAUGCUACCAAAUUUGUCGAGGCGAGGUACGUGGACUUUGAGUGACCGGAAUUAAUCUCGGGAAACUGAGAGUGAAAACCUAAGUACUUGACCGCCUCCUUUCUCUCUGGUUUAUGGGACGUGUCAUAAAAUUUAUAAAUUAAUAAGCUGAAAAGUGAUUUAAUUCACUAAAAGCGAAUUGUUGGCACAGCAAUGCUCCUUCAUCUGAUGACUGAUUGGUUUGGUUGCACUAACUACGAGUACAUUUUGUACGACGCGCAAUCUUCCACGUUUUAUAUAACUGGAAAAACUCUCAUACCCUCCAGACCGGUUUCUGCGCCAUAACAACCACUUGACUUCGUAAUGCGUAGCGCCUCACUCUAUAAAAUCAGGUAUGAACGACGUUAAAGACAGAUUGUGAUAGGUGCAGUCAGAGUAUCCCUUCAUGGUUCGCAGUUACCGUGCCGUAUUAUUGAGCGUAUACUCCCAACGCAGUUCACGUCCGUUCUCAAUGAAUUUCUUUUGGAUCAUCGUACUGACAUCUGUCGGUUCAACUUGCUAUUGCAAUACUGGCCUUCUGGAUACUUUUGCAAUCAAAGCAGACACAGGAUGUCCUUACUCCAAGCGUCGCAUUGACACCUGCUACUCAGUGCAGCCAGUCACCACAGAGACGGAUCUCAGCCUUACCAAAGCCAGAGCGUCAUGCUUCCGCAUUGGAAUGGACCUGGUGUCGUGGCAGAGCGUAGAUGAAUUGGAUUUCAUAUGGUCCACAAUCAAAAGAUUUUUUAGCCACAAUGAGACGGGAGCUUACGAUAUUCUCAGUCAACUGCCUCAUGACAUCAAAGUAUGGACGGGCCUGCAGCUUGGCUCUGGGGGCUUUUUAUGGGUGAACCAGAAAGAGUUUGACUUGAGCGCCUUGUAA